GGAAAAUCCCUUGCCAGCCGCUCCUGUCUCCGCAGCGCGGAGUCUCUAAAGGGUUAACGCGGCCGCGCUCGGCCCCUGCGGGCGGAAAUCGGCCCCAAGUUCGAAUUGCCCGCAGGAAUCGCGGCCGGGAAGGAGCCGGGAAGAGCCAGGGGUUCCAAUUCCCGCAGGAAUCGCAGCCGGGAAGAGCCGGGCAUGGCCCGGACCUGCCGCGAGUCCCAGUUUUAUUACUACGGCAUCAAAUUCGCGCUCUCCGCCUACGCCACGCUCUUCUCGAAUCCCGGAGUAAUUCCCAUCAAUGCCCGUGCAGCUGCUGGGGCUGCUGCUCCUGGCCGUGGGGAUCUACGCCGAGGCGGAGCGGCAGCGGCACCGCACGCUGGAGGGGAUCUUCCUGGCGCCGGCCGUGCUGCUGCUCCUGCUGGGAUCCUGCGUCUUCCUGGUGUCCUUCGUGGGCAUGGUCGGCAGCCUCCGCGACAACCGCGCCCUGCUCCGCACGUUCUUCUGGGUGCUGCUGCUGAUCUUCCUGACGGAGCUGCUGCUGAUCCUCGUGGAGAUCAUCUUCGAGAGCAAGAUGAACGAGGUUUUCCACUCCAACAUCCAGGAGGGAAUCCGGCACUACUACGACGACCUGGACUUCAAAAAUAUCCUGGAUUUUGUGCAGGAAAAGUUUUCCUGCUGUGGAGGGGACGAAUUCCGGGACUGGGAGGUGAACCAGUACCACCAGUGCAACGGCAGCGGGGCCCUGGCCUGCGGGGUGCCCCACUCCUGCUGCGUCCGAGGGGCUCCCGGCGGAGUGGUGAACACCCUGUGCGGGUACCGCGCCCUGGACAAGGAGCGCCUGGAGCUGCUGGGCACCAUCCACGUCCGGGGCUGCAUCCACGCCGUGGGGCUCUGGCUCAAGGACAACUUCCAGGCCACCCUGGCCAUCGUCUGCUCCCUGCUGCUGCCUCAGGUGCUGGGGCUGGCCAUGGCCUGGCUGCACUGGCAGCAGCUGAACGAGCUCCGUUCCCGCUGCGAUUCCGUGGAUUCCCGGCCGGUCCCGGCGGCUGCGGGCGCGGCCCCGCUGGAUCUGCGCGGCGCCGGCUGCUGCUGGUGCCUGCCCCGGGAGGGCGGCUACGGAAACCCCGGGAAUGCCGGCCCGGAGGAGGAGGAGGAGGAGGAGGAGGAGGAGGAGGAAGGAGCCGCCUGCCUCAAAGUGUGAGGAGCACUCGGACUCGGACUCGGACUUGGAGCAGAACGUUGGAAAAAUGGGAUUUUUCCUCUCAGGUCCUGGAUUUCCUUUGGGAAAAUUGGGAAAAAUUUGGGAAUUUUUUUUAUUCUCAGCUCCUGUUGGGAAAAGUGUAAAAAAAUGGGAUUUUUUCUUCUCA